CGUACACAAUGUAAGAACCCGGAAGUGUCCUGUCUGCAGCGGUGCGGUGGAUUCACGAGCUGCUCGAACCCGCUUCGGUUCAACUCUGAGCCCUUCAUUCACCGCAUGCUCCCGCUUGUUUACGGUUGUCGGAAAAUCUGCCGACGCGUCGGAGAAUAUUUUCCGUCGCCAUGAAUCUCGGAGAUGGCCUGCUGUUUGAACUGGAAAAUGGGAAACCCAGGUUGAUUUUACUUAGUCAUGGUGCUGAAAAGAAUCCAAAUAAGCUGCUCAGGCCCAGAGUGGCGAAAAUCUUGAGCUCCAGACAGCCCUCCUGUUUGGAGGAGGUGCAGGGAGAGGAGCGUCCAGCCCAGCAGCAGGCAGGCAGAUAUAGAGAGGCCAGGAGCAAGGCAGCAGGAGCAGCCACCUCCUUGAACUCCAACACCUCCACAACUGGAGAGAGGAGCACCACGUUAAUAUCAUCUAAGACGCAAGAACAUCUCAACCAGGGCGGAAUCAAAGCUGCUGGCAAGGUGAAGUCAGACACACACAAACAGUGCUCCACUGUUACAUCCCUGAGAGCCAAUGGGAAAACAGGGAAGCCCCAGAAAAGUGGGGUGCGAGCUGGAGGAAAGGCGGGACUAAAGGAUGCGCCGGCCAGUGGAGAAGCAGGACUGAGGGACAACAUGGUGGUUCUGACCAGUGAGCAACUCCAGCAGAUCCUCAACACCAUCCAGAGCCAACAACCACCAGAGGACCACAGAACCCAGGGCUCACAAUCUGGCACCUCAGUGAAUGAAGGAGAGGUAAAGGAGGAAGACAGAGGAGGGGGUGGAGGUGUAACUGAUAAGACUGGAACCUCUCAGGAUAAAGACAAAAGGAUGUCUGCUGGACAUUUGUUCAGCUGGAUGGAGGAGCGACAGUCAGACAGCAGAUCUGUCAUCGAGGCCAAGAAGGCUCAGUGGAGGAGAGAACUUGACGAGCAGGUGGAAUUGAAACAGCAGCAGCAGCGUUCGGCUCCUGGGGGAAUCCAGGUUGAGGAGGACGCAGAGAGUGUGUUAUCAGUUCAGAGCUCUAUCAGCCCCAGAGAGCAGCCUGCAGCCAUCAGAUCCUGCCUCAAACUGGGGGAGGUCACACCGACGGCCGAAGUGUUGAGUGUUGAGAGGAGGGAGGAGGAGAGGAGACGGUGGCUGGAGGAGCUGAACCGUCAGAGAGAGGAGACGACUGAACGCAAGAGACGAGAGAAACUUCUCCGGAACCAGACAGAGGACCAUGAGCUCUGGACCAAACACUUUGACUCUCUGCAGCAGAGGCCUCCUGUUUACACUGCAGCUCCAUCAGCUCCACCUCCAGCCCCAUCCAGUGGGUCUGAGCGAGGGGAGUGGGAGCCCUCCUCCAGCCUGUCCCUGGUCUGGGAGGCCACGAGCAGCUGUGGAGCAGAGAGUGUGGCAGGAGCCAGAGUGGAUACGACCAACGGAUACCAGAGCAGAACCAGCUAUCAGAGGACCAUGACUGCCCUGCUGGACCCCACCCAGAUAGAGGAAAGAGAGCGGAGGAGGCUCAAACAGCUGGAGCAGCAGAGAGCGAUCGAAGCCCAGAUGGAGGAGCACCGGCAGCAGAGGGAGCGAGAGGAGGCCAAAAGGAGAGAGGAGGAAGAAAUGGAGGCGAGGAGGCUGAUGCUGGAGAGGGAGAGGCUGCAGAGACAGUACGAGCUGGACACACUGCGGGAGAGGCAGAAGGUGCAGUCAAGUCAACAGACGGGAAAUCCAAAGGAAGGCCACAGUGAGGAAAGACUGCAGGAGACAUUAAAACCCAGUGCAGUCGCCACACGGGCUGAGCAUUUGAAGGAGGAUGUUAGCAGUUCAGUCCCCCUAUACAAAGACACUGCUGUACAGACAGAGGCAGUUCCCUCUCUCUCGCUCACAGCAGAGGUUCAGACUCCUGACGUCUCUGCACAGUACCAGCCACCUCCCUUUCUGUCUGCUGCUCCUCCUCCAAACAGCAAGAACCCGGCAGUGAGAACAGGCAAGGAGAACAUUUGUCUGCCAGGAGGAGGAGGAGGGGGAGGAGGAGGAGACCCAUAUGAAGCGUUUGCCCGGACAGAGAGGAGUAAGACGGACAAGAGGAGGCCAGAGUGGAACACACAGAGACCCAGCCGACGGUUCGUUCCUGCCUCGGAGCGUUACCCAGCUGCUCUGCAGAAGAACAGACAGGAGAGUCGACUGAAGAGACAGACCGAGCUCCUCGCACUGCAGGAGAGACAAUGUCUGUCCAGGACGGAGCCUCCUCCUCCUCCUCCUCCACACCAGGAUCCUCGUCUCUGCUCCAACACACAGACCAGAACUGCCCCUCACAGUAAGGUGGGAGGACAGAGCAUCUCUGCAGCCCUCAACAAUGAAAGGGGGCGCUCUCCCCCCGUCCCUGCUGUCAGACGCAGAGUGCAGUGUCAGCAAGCCUCCAACCCUCCUCCUCCUCCUCCUCCAGUUCUGGACUUUAUCCCUUAUAUCCGAACUGAUGAAAUCACUCUGGACCCACUGGAGCCUCCUGAAACCCCCCCACCACACACAGACGUUUUUCCUCAUAGCUCAGUGUCACCUCCUGCCCCCCCACAUCGAGACCACUCCCACACACCUCGACAGCAGGAGAUCCUGAGAGGCCUGGCUCAGCUGCGGCAGGGUUUAUUACUGAAGCAGAGAGAACUGGAGUCAGACCUGAACCCUCUACUGAAGCACCACAACAACGAGCUCAGGUCACCCUCGGCAAUGCAUCACAAGUGACCUCUGACCCCUGAGAACUUCUCUUCAGAGCUGACUGCUUUGGCCAAAUCACGACUCCUUCACUCAGCCGUACCCCUAAGUUUGCACGAUUCCUCUGGGGAUCGAGGGUUAGUGGUCACCUGGCCGUCCAAAAGCAGACGACAGAGAGAAGGAAGAAAACUCCCAGAAUGCCUCCAGUGACAAGUGGUGUCCCACGCUAAAAACUGGACCGUGUUUUCGGAUGUUCACUUCAAAGUUCACUUCACAAAAAACUUGUUUCAAUGCAUUUUAGCAUAAGAAUGACAUUGUACCAGAAAGGUUUUCAACUUUGACCUUUUCUGAGUCUCUGCAGAGUGGAGCUUUUACUCCUGCUCUGGAAUCUGAUUCCUGCAGAAUCAACUUAUUUCAACCUUUAAUGAAAGUCGUCGGUUUUUAUUUUCUAAUCUCUUCAGCUUCCUGCUGGUCAAGGAGCUUUCAUGAGACAGUUUAAGCAUCUGUGCUGUGUAGUUUGGUUCUUGGUUUUAUUGUAGGAGGAUUUUUUAUUUAUUGC